UUCCUUGGGGAGCCCCGGGGGGCAGGGUUCCUGCCAGAGGACAGCAGGAGGGGUGCCCCGGCCCAGAGAGUUGCCACGGGGGAGGCGCGCAGUGUGUUUUGGGGGGCCCGGGGUGUGCCGAGGCAGGGGGUGGGGAAUGGCUGGCAGAAGCCGCCGCUCCUGGCUCAGCGUGUUGCUCGGUCUGAUCCUGGGCUUCAUCCUGGCUUCUCGGCUCAUCCUUCCUCGAGCCUCGGAGCUGAAGAAAGCGGGACACCGGCGCAAGGCCAGCCUGGAGGGGUGCCGGUUGAAAGCGGGCGGGGCGCUGCUGCUGCACCGAGAUUCCCGCGGGGGCUUGCUCUGGCACCAGGACCCUGCUGAGAAUCGCGGCGAGAUCCCCGCGGCCAAGAACUUCCUCUUCGUGGGAGUCAUGACUGCUCAGAAAUACCUCCAGAAUCGGGCUGUGGCAGCCUACAGAACAUGGUCCAGCACAAUCCCUGGCAAGGUUGAGUUCUUCUCUAGCGAGGGUUCGGAUACCUCUCUUCCAAUCCCUGUAGUGGCACUACCUGGUGUAGAUGACUCUUACCCACCUCAGAAGAAAUCUUUCAUGAUGCUUAAGUACAUGCACGACCACUACUUGGACAAGUAUGAGUGGUUCAUGCGAGCUGAUGAUGAUGUUUACGUCAAAGGAGACAAGCUAGAGAACUUUCUUCGGAGUUUGAAUAGCAGCGAGCCCCUCUUCCUUGGGCAGACGGGGCUGGGUACCACUGAAGAGAUGGGGAAAUUGGCCCUGGAACCCGGAGAGAAUUUCUGCAUGGGAGGUCCAGGUGUGAUAAUGAGCCGAGAAGUGCUGCGGCGGAUGGUCCCUCACAUUGGGGAGUGUCUUCGAGAGAUGUAUACUACCCAUGAGGAUGUGGAAAUUGGGAGAUGCGUACGAAGAUUCGCAGGAGUGCAGUGUGUCUGGUCUUAUGAGAUGCAGCAGCUGUUUUAUGAAAAUUAUGAACAGAACAAAAAAGGUUACAUCAAAGACCUCCGUAAUAGCAAAAUUCACCGAGCAAUCACCUUGCACCCGAACAAGAGCCCCCCUUACCAAUACAGGCUCCACAGCUACAUGUUGAGCCGUAAAAUAGCAGAGCUACGUUAUCGGACCAUCCAACUGCACCGAGAAAUUGUCCUCAUGAGCAAAUACAGCAAUACUGAAGUCUACAAGGAUGAUCUUCAGCUGGGCAUUGCACCUUCUUUCAUGCGGUUUCAGCCCCACCAGCGUGAGGAAGUUUUGGAGUGGGAAUUCCUCACAGGGAAGUAUCUUUAUUCUGCUGCAGAUGGACAGCCACCUCGUCGCGGCAUGGACUCCUCUCAGCGUGAGGCAUUGGACGACAUUGUCAUGCAAGUUAUGGAAAUGAUCAACGCAAAUGCCAAGACCAGAGGACGGAUCAUUGACUUCAAGGAGAUACAAUACGGCUAUCGCAGGGUCAAUCCAAUGUACGGGGCAGAGUAUGUUCUUGACUUACUACUUUUGUACAAGAAGCACAAGGGAAAGAAAAUGACUGUUCCUGUCCGAAGGCAUGCAUACUUGCAGCAGACCUUUAGCAAAGUCCAGUUUAUGGAGGAUGAAGAGAUGGAUGCCAAAGAGUUGGCCAAUAAAAUCAACCAGGAUUCAGGGUCCUUGUCCUUCCUCUCCAAUUCCCUGAAGAUGUUUGUUCCAUUCCAGCUAAGUAAGUCAAAAGCCGAGAAGAAGGAACCCAAAGAUGAAAAGAUCAAUAUCUUGAUUCCCCUCUCCGGACGCUUUGAUAUGUUUGCACGCUUUAUGGUGAACUUUGAAAAGACCUGCCUCAUUCCGAAUCAGAAUGUCAGAUUGGUCGUCCUGCUUUUCAACUCAGACUCCAACCCUGACAAGGCAAGGCAGGUUGAACUCAUGAGAGAUUAUCGCCUGAAAUACCCUAAGGCAGACAUGCAGAUCUUGCCAGUAUCUGGUGAAUUCUCCCGUGCUCUUGCCUUAGAAGUUGGAUCCUCUCAGUUUAACAAUGAAUCUUUGCUCUUCUUCUGUGAUGUUGACUUGGUGUUUACAGCUGAGUUUCUCCAGCGGUGUAGAGCCAACACAGUACUGGGGCAACAGAUAUAUUUUCCAAUUAUCUUUAGCCAAUACGAUCCAAAGAUUGUCUAUAGUGGGAAAGUUUCGAGUGAUAAUCAUUUUGCCUUCACUCAGAAAACUGGCUUCUGGAGGAACUAUGGCUUUGGGAUUGCCUGUAUUUACAAAGGUGAUCUCAUUCAAGCAGGUGGUUUUGAUGUUUCUAUCCAGGGCUGGGGUCUCGAGGAUGUGGACUUGUUCAACAAAGUUAUUCAGGCUGGCCUAAAGACUUUCCGAAGCCAAGAGAUUGGAGUAGUCCAUGUACAUCACCCUGUCUUCUGUGACCCUAAUCUUGAUCCAAAACAGUAUAAAAUGUGUUUGGGGUCUAAAGCAUCAACUUAUGGGUCUACGCAGCAGUUGGCUGAACUUUGGCUUCAAAAGAAUGAACCGAAUUUUGGCAAGACCAGCAUUGCUAAUGGUUCCUUGAGGACAGCUUAAUAUCCAGCUAUGCUGGAAAAAAAUCCUACCUGUUGCAUUUUUUAAAAAAGAAUUGCCCUAAUUUAUUUUUUGUUUGGGAAAACAUUUUGAUAGUUGAUUUUUUUAAAAAGACCGCACAAGGGUAUAUUUUAGAGACCAUCGUUUUCUUACAAGGACCUUUUGGGCUUUUUUUCUGAACAAAACUGUGAUCAAUUCUUGCCUUUCUGAACAAGCAUCAGUGGCUGAGUAUUGUGACUUCCCUGGUUCUGACAACUUGAAAUAUUUUUUCCCCUGAUAGUCAAACUUUUUAAAAAGAAAACUGAAAACUUCCCUAUUGCACACCCAAUCCCACUGUUCGUUUGGUUACUUGGGUUCUUCCAGCAGCACUCGAAUGCAAAUGAUUCACUUAACCCCCCACCCCCUGGGAUCAGAACAGAAAUAAUGGAUUCUUCCAUGAAUUUUUUGAAGUAUUAAAACAAAGGGAGAAAAGUGGCAGUGUUGGCGAAUUUACUCACAAGAAUCUUCCAUAUCUCAUCUUUAAAAUGUGCUGUUUUUUGCUCAUUGUAUUUUGAGCAACCAGAAAAAGAAGAGGGAAUUGAGCACAACCUUAAUAAUGUGUACCUUUGUUUAAAAAAAGAAAGAAAAAGAAAAAAAGAAGAAAAACACUUCCUUUCUCAGUCCAUAUGUGGAUCUGAAGUUAAAAAUUCCAUAGCAGGUUCUGAGAUUUUCCUAAUCUAAUGUCUUAUGUAGAUGCCUUGAUGACAAAGAGCAAUGCUUUAGUUAAAAGGAAAAAUGGCUUCUGUUUGCCAUAAAAAGCAACAAACUUAAAUCUGAGACACUCCAAAUUGAAUGUGUUGGGAAAAUAUUUAUCUCCCCCACCCCCACUCCAACCAGUUACAGUAUUCCGAUUGGGAACAAUUUACUAUGUUUCCUUUGCUUAACUAGUUUGUUUCUGCUUUCUGUAUUGGGUAGCCUUUUAAUUUAUUUAAUAUCCUUUUUUUAGUUUACUGUCCUUUUAUUUUAAUAACUGCUAGUUGAUAAUAUUUAUGUAUCUUAGGAAUGUAUUGCAUCUUCUAUUGUAAGUUAAAGAUCGCUUACAUUUUCUUACUUUGCAGUAAACCCAUCUCUAAAGAUUUUUCUAAAGUGUUCUUUUUUCCCAAAAUUAAUGCUAUAUAUACAUAUAUAUAUUAAAAAUAAUAAUAGAAACUCUGGAUAUAGUUUCUGAUGCCCCAAACUUCAGCUUUCAGGAAGGAAAUAGAAAUGGUGGGGAAAACCUUUGUCUGAGCACAGAGCAAAAGCUUGAAAAUAUGUGCAUGCACAUUCCCUGUGGCAAAAUAAAAUGUCUUUGAAUAAAAAAUAAGCUUUUUUGCAUUGAACUUUACAAUGGUACCAGAACUUGUGUUUGAAGCACAAUCCUAUACCGGCACCUAAUCAUUUGUAACCAUCUUUAUUUCCCCCAGAAGAAAAAUAAAUUGAGUGACCAACGUGUGCCUUUUCA